AUGGCGACCGUGGAGACCAUGGCCACGCCGUCUUUGGCUGAGAAGCUCGACAAGAUCAAGUCGCCCGGCCUACAGAGCCAGAAACGUACUGUGGUUGUGCUCCAUGCCGUCGAGUCGACUCUCAAGGAACAAAACACUGAACCCACCCCGACCGGAUACUUUGCCGCCCUCCUCGCCCUCCUCCAAAACGCCAACAGCAGCGGCAGCGUCAACACCGAACUCGCCGGACCCGCCGUGUAUCUCCUCGAUGUGGUGACGCCGUACGCCCCGGACGCGCUGCUGCGCUCCAAAUUCACGCCGAUCCUGACGCUCCUCGCGCCGGUGCUGCUGCUGCCCGACGCGGAGCCGAUCCUGCUGCGCACGUCGAUUGGCUGCCUCGAAUCGCUGCUGCUCGCGCAGGACGCGGCCUCGUGGGAGCUGUCGGCCGCGCAGGUGAGCCCGCGCCGCGCCGUGGCCGGCCUGCUCAACCUGGCGCUCGAGGCGCGCCCCAAGGUGCGCCGCCGCGCCCCGGCGCUCGACCACCCGGCCGCCGACAUGUGCGCCCAGACCGCGCUCAAGACCCUCGAGGCGCUCGCCGCGCAGGCGCUUGCCGCGCGCAAGGGGAAGAAGGCGCCGGGGGCGGCGACGAAUGACCCGGAGCUGAUCCACGCCCUGCAUCUUAUCAAGACGGUGGCGGCGGCGAGUGGUGGCUGGCCGAGCACAAAGAUUGAGUCGCUCUGCGAGCUGCUCUUGAAUAUUGCCAAGACUGGCAACGAGUACAUGACUAUGGCGGUGUUUGAGAUUUUUGAGCUGAUUUUUGAGGGCAUGAGCGAGGAGGUGUCAUCGGCCAAGCUGCCGCGACUGAUGGAAAUCAUCUCGGAGCUGCGACCGGCUGCCAACGACACCCAGCUGGUCCCGCCUUGGUUGGCCAUCCUCUCGCGUGGAUACGACGUCUCUGCCCAGGUUGAACCGGAAGACACUUUCCAGAACCUCCCGGAUCUGUUCAACAUGGUUGCGCAGUUCCUUGAGUCACAGUCCGAAAACAUUCGCAUAUCUGCUUCGGAGUGCUUGAUUUCCUUCAUGGCCAACUGCAUUCCUCAGCAAGUUAUUAUCGACCCCUCAAUAUACGACGAAAAGACUCUCGAAAAGAUUGCCAAGACGGCCGAAUCUCUCCUCACUGUCCAGUUCCAGGCCGCCUGGCUGCAGACCUUCAACGUCCUCGCCGCCAUGUUCCUGUCUCUGCGCUGGCGAGCCAACCCGAUCCUGCUGAGCGUGACCAAGACGAUUGGCGAGAUUCGCGAAAACUCGUCUUUCCGCAAUAAGAAGGAGGCCGACGAGGUGAUUGGACAGGCCGUCCGCGCCAUGGGUCCCGAGGCUGUUCUCUUCGUGCUGCCGCUGAACCUUGUCAAGCCUGUCAAGGGCCAGGCCGGCCGCGCUUGGCUGCUGCCCAUUCUCCGUGACUACACGAGCAACACCAAUCUGGCCCAUUUCAAGAGCGAAUUGGUGCCCCUGAGCGAGGUCAUGUUCCAGCGCGUGCUGGAGCAUGGCGACGCCCCCAAGACAAUGGAGAUUAAGAUUUACGAGACGCUCGUUCAGCAAGUGUGGUCCAUCCUGCCCGGUUACUGUGACCUGCCUCUGGACCUGACCGAGGCGUUUGACCAAGGCUUUGCCGAACUGAUUGCCAACAUCCUCUACAAGCAGACGGAGCUGCGCCUCGACGUCUGUCGCGCCCUCAAGACGCUGAUUGAGUCAAAUCAGGCCCUCUCGACCGUUGCUGACGACGAGGACGACUUUCUGCUGCAAGCUCGCGUGAGCAAGGAGACAGCUGCCAAGAACCUCACCUACCUCGGCCAAUUUUCCGGCAACAUGCUCGCCGUGCUCUUCAAUGUAUACACCCAGACACUCCCCCAGACCCGGGGCCCCAUCCUACAGACGGUCAACGCUUUCCUCAGCAUCACACCCAAGCAGGAGCUCAUGGACACCUUUGACCGCGUGAGCAAGAUGCUCGCCACUGAGAUUGAGACACUGGCGACGAACGACAAGGAGAAGGGCCACAAGGGCCAGCAAAAGAGCAAGGACCACAUGCCGUCGACCGCACAGACGCUCAUGGACCUGGUUAUCACCAUGUCAGCGUACCUGCCGCGCGAGAGCUUCGCCACGCUCUUUGAGAUUGCCUCCCUCAUCAUCAACCGCGACGACGAGCCGCAGCUGCAGAAGAAGGCGUACAAGCUAAUACCGCGCCUGGCAACCUCAGAGCUGGGCAAGGCGGCGCUCGAGGCGCGCAGUGUCGAGCUGCAGCAGCUCCUCAUCGCCAGCACCGACAAAGUGUCGGUGCCGGCGCGCCGUGACCGCCUCACCGCCAUAACCGCCCUCCUGCCCUACGUCCCCGACACCCAGCUGCACUUUAUCCCGUCAGUGCUAAGUGAGGUCGUCAUCUGCUGCAAGGAGAACAAUGAGCGCGCACGCGAGACGGCCUACGAGCUGCUCGUGCAAAUGGGCGCGCGCAUGGCCACCGCCAACGAUGCGCCCAUUGACAACAGCAAAGUCCCGCACAUGCCCGGGGACGCACCCGCAGGCACGGCCAAUAUCGAAGAGUUCUUCACCAUGGUCAGCGCGGGUCUCGCCGGCAGCACGCCGCACAUGAUUUCCGCCAGCAUCACCGCCAUCAGCCGGCUACUGUACGAGUACCGCGCGGGCCUGAGCGAGCAAACGCUGUCAGACCUGGUGCAGACGAUGGACCUCUUCCUCACCUCCAAUAAUCGCGAAAUCGUCAAGAGCUGUCUGGGCUUCGUCAAGGUAUGCGUCAUUGGCCUGCCGGUGGAGCUGAUGCGUCCGCGCCUCGCCACGCUCGUGCCCAACCUGCUGGUCUGGAGCCACGAGCACAAGGGCCACUUCAAAGCCAAGGUCAAGCACAUUCUCGAGCGCCUGGUCCGCCGCUUUGGCUACGACGGCGUGCAGCAGCACUGCCCCGAGGCCGACCGCAAGCUCAUUGCCAACAUCCGCAAGUCCAAGGAGCGCGCCAAGAAGAAGAAGGAGGCGGCCCGCGCGGGCGGCGACGACGAGAGCGACGAGGAAGGCGACGAGGACAACGGCAAGCAGAAGCAGCACUUUGACACCGAGUAUGACCGCGCCAUUUACAGCAGCGAGUCGGAAGGCGACGACGAUGAUAAGGAGGACGCGGACGAAGCGCCCCGGCAGAAGAAGAAGACGCAAAAGGGCGGCAAGACGUACAUUCUCGAAGACGACGACGAGCCGCUCGACUUGCUCGAUAAAAAGGCCCUCGCCAACAUCUCCUCCACAAAGCCCUCCAAGGCCCGCCAACCACACAAAAAGUCCAAGGCCAAGGUCGACCUCGACGGCAAGCUCAUCCUCGGCAAAGACGACGCCACCGACGAAAACGCCAUGGAGAUUGACCAGCCCCAAGAAGCCGGCUCCGGCGUCGGCGCGUACGUGGCUGCCAUCAAGGGCAAGGACGCCGGGCGCCGCGGCCGCGGUGGCCAGCUCAAGUUCUCCAACCGCCGCUCCCGCGACGACAAUGACGACGACGACGAGGAUGGCGGCGUGACGCUCAUGGAUGACAAGGCGGCCGUCAUGGUCAAGAACAAAAUCAGCCCCGGCAAAGGUGGCGACCGAGGCCGUGGCGGUCGCGGCGGCUUCAGAGGCAGAGGUGGUGGUGGUGGUGGGAGAGGCGCACGUUCGGGACGCGGUGGUAUCUCGAAUGGUAGACGAGGGUUGGGCGUGGAAAAGAGCCACGGGCCGACAGGGGCGAAUGGGAUUGCCAAAGGUCGACGAGGAGGUCGGAGCUAG